AUGGCAGACUAUCUCGAGGUGGACGGUCAUGAUGAGCAGCAGUCCAAGUCCAUCCCGGACCGCGGCCCAAGCCAGAACCGCCUUGCCAUCUCUAAUAGCUAUGUCAGCGAUCGUGACAUCUCCUUCACGGCGCGCCAGCUCCAAGUGCUAUCAAAUCACUUUGCCCACAUUGUCGGCGAUGGCACGACCUUGCCCAUUGAGCAGCUGGACCCCUUGCUCGAAGAUAUUCUCCAGCACCCACUCUCUGAACCCCAGCUGGACAUGAUUGUGACCCUGACAAAGGGUACCGAAGCUUUGGCCUUUGAGCAGUUUACGACAGUCGUCCGCAACAUUCUCCUCACCACCAACCGUUGGGGACUCCUGACCACCGGGGCCCAAGGCACGGUCGGCUUUCACAGCAUCGGUGACCAGCUGCAGCGCCGCCUGCUCAAACAAGGCUUCACCUUCAAUGUGAUGGUGGUUGGUGAGACGGGUCUGGGCAAGUCUACCCUUGUCGACACCCUCUUUCGGGGCCAAGUGAGCCGUCGAAGCUGUGCGCCAAAUGGUGAUCACGAACCCCUACCUCAGACGGUUGAGAUCCACACCGUCACCCACGUUUUGCAAGAAGCCAACGUGCGCAUGAAGCUCAACAUCACCGACACGCCGGGGUUUGGGGACCUGGUCGACAACUCGGAAUGCUGGGAACCCAUCGUGCAAUACAUUGAAGAGCAACACUCGCAUUAUCUCGAUGCUGAGCUGGCGGUCAACCGUGCGCGUAUUGAGGAUAGCAGGAUACACGCCUGCCUCUACUUUUUGCCACCAACUGGACACAGCCUGUCGCCCUUGGACGUCAAGGCCAUGCUUGAGCUCCAGAAACUGGUCAACGUUGUGCCAGUGAUUGGCAAGGCCGACACACUGACCAAGGAGGAACUGCACGCUUUCAAGGAGCGCGUGCGCGAGGACAUGGAGACGUUUGGCAUCCAGCCCUUCCCGCAGCCGCGCGAAGGCGAUGAGGAGGAGGACAUGUUGCGCAUGCUGGAGGUGAAGGAGGUCAUGCCCUUUGCCGUUGUUGGCCACAACCACGAAGCCCAGAUUGACGGCCAAACCGUUCGCUACCGCAAGACUCGCUACGGCAUGGUCAAUGUUGACGAUCGUAGCCACUGUGACUCUGCCGCCUUGAAGGAAAUGCUUUUUGUAACGCAUCUGCAGGACCUGAUCGAUGCGACGGCAAGCGUACACUAUGAAGCUUACCGCCGCUCCAACCUCGAGCAACCCGAGUAAUCUGCCGUGCUAUCGUCUCUGGAUGGGCCUGAUUGAAGUUGCGGAAACGAGUGUGAAUACCAACAGGCCCCGGUGCGCGCGCGCAAGUGUUUUUUUGCUAAUUUCAAGUCAUUCUUUUAUAUCUGGGCAAUUGAUUGUUCUGG